UGAAUUGACGACAAACAAUAAUUGGAAAAACAGAAGGAAAAAGUGGAGCUGUUCUCCUACUCUCGGCCGCUUCACAUUGUUGUGAGCCGCAACUGACCAAGACUUGACUUUGGACACGGAACAUGCAUUCGUCAUCCAAUUAUUAAUUGCCACGACAUGGUAUCAGGGGUAGUUCGGUCACUUAGUUUGCGAAAGCUGGCGUUUGCGGGAACCGAAUGAUGAUAUAAAUGAUCGCAUCGGAAUUCGUCGAUCUUUCUGUCCACAUUUCCCCCAGUAGUCCGUCGCCCCAUCUCUACACCUAUAAAAAGCUGGAAAAAAAAAAAAAUUCAAACUUGCAUUAUUAUUUUAUUUUAAUUUAUUUAUUUCAUUUUUUGUCCAUAGAUUGAAUCGAAUUCUCUGCAAUUUCUACCUUUCCUGAAGUGUAGGGACUAGGAGAAAAGCUUAAUCGUCGCUUGGAAAUUCGAGUGUAAAGGUAAGGAAGCGAGAAUGUGGGGAUUUGGGGGGAGAUAUUAUUGGGGGAGAAAGGAAAGGGUGGAAAGAAGGGAAGGCGGGAUAGUGGUGGUGUUUGCUUGGAUGUCGAGUCAAGAGAAGCACUUGCAGAACUACGUUCAGCUUUACGCUUCCUUGGGUUGGGAUUCUCUCGUUUGCCAUUCAGAGUUCCUAAACAUGUUCUUCCCUGAGAAGGCUGCAGCUCUAGCGUUAGAUCUUCUCAAGGAACUUGUUGAGGAGCUAAAGAUGAAGCCAUGCCCUGUGGUCUUUGCAUCUUUUUCUGGUGGUCCUAAGGCCUGCAUGUACAAGGUUCUUCAGAUGAUUGAGGGAUUGUGUGAAGUACAAGGAAAUCCAGAUGACCUCCAGCUGGUGAAGGAAUGCUUUUCGGGCCAUAUUUACGAUUCUAGCCCUGUCGAUUUCACCAGUGAUUUGGGUGCCCGAUUUGUUGUUCACCCAACAGUUCUCAAAAUGUCUCAUCCACCAAGAAUAGCAUCAUGGAUAGCAAAUCAAAUUGCUUCUGGUCUUGAUGCUCUCUUCCUCAGCAGGUUUGAAUCCCACCGUGCUGAGUAUUGGCAGACUCUAUAUGCCUCUGUGAGUAUGGGGGCCCCAUAUCUCAUUUUAUGCUCUGAAACUGAUGAUCUUGCUCCUUAUCAAAUUAUCUGCAAUUUUGCUCAAAGAAUAGAACAACUUGGGGGUGACAUAAAACUUGUGAAGUGGAAUGGUUCUCCUCAUGUAGGUCAUUAUCGGCAUUAUCCAUUUGAAUACAAGGCUGCUGUGACUGAGCUUCUCAGUAAAGCAGCUGCCUCAUAUUCCCAAAGAAUUCAGCGACUCGACGGUGAACGAAUGGGGUUAGCAGGGACACAUGAUGAAAUCUCUGAGCCAAUCUCUGAUAUCAGCAAAACAGCCUUAAGCCCAAACCAGAGCUUUCAGGGAACUCUGGUGCAAAGUGACCAUUUCCUCUUGCCUAGCUCAAUAGAAUAUUACGAGGGUAGAGAUUUUAUGCAAGAUGAACACAAGGAAGAAUGUUGAAGGUUGGGAUAUGAAGUCAUCAGAUUCCUCGAGCAGACGCCCUUAUACCUGUGCAUGGCGAAAUUCUCAUUUUAAUCCAAUCAAAUGCAUACGUCGAUCCAGACUAUAACAUAUCUGGCUGACUACUCUUAGCAGAGGCUUUCGAGAGUUCAGUGGGGGAAUGCCUUUAAACCGGGGCCCUUAGCAAAAUGAAACUCCUAAAGGAAUGAAAAGGGGCAAUAGAUGGGGAUGGAGAGGUGAUUUUCUGUUUUGUAGAAACAAUAUAGAUCACUGCCACAAUUUGAGCUGAUGACCUCUGUUCUAACGUAAAAUGUAUAGUGACUUUACUGGAAAUACCCUAACUUGAUGUGGUGUUGUUGGAAAUAAGACAACUGUGUUCGAUUAA